UAUAAAGAGACGAGAUAAUAAGUGAUUCAAGUCACGAAAAUUAUUGAUAAUUUCGUUACGUAAUUGUCGUUCCGUUGUGCGACCAUGCGCAAUCGUGUUGUUAAACUUUUCCAGCGUACGAUAUUACAUUACGAUAUAUCAAUUUAUUAUUUUUCUCACUUCGCCGAGAUCAGCAGAUGAUUGAUAAUCUUAAUCUUUGCUCGUGACCCGGCUCGGGUCAUCGGUAUCUUACCAAACGAGUGCAGAAGACAGACACUAACUAUUUAGCUGUGACACUAACUAUUACUUCGCGAACCUGUCAGAUAAUAACAUUUAAUAAUGUUGAAGUAUCUUUCAAUAGUUUUUAUUUUUUGGUGUCAAACACAACGAUAUGCAUUCGCUCAAAGUGACACUCAGACCCUUCCAUUAACAUCGCUAAAAUCAAAUAAACCCAAUUGCAGUGAAAUUACAGAGGAGCUCAAUAAAAGGCACCUGGUUAAUAUGAACGGUCACAAUAACUAUCACGUGGGCCAGCAGAUAUUUUAUAUGUACAACGAACAACAAUUGAAAGGAUUGUUACCAAGUAGUAAGGAAAGAUUGGAUGGCUACAUCGUCACACCUGGCAUAAGUGCGCACAAGCUUCAUAAACGCAACCUCGUCUGGAAUAAGGCUCGCCAGGCUUGUAUCCAGGAAGGAGGUCAUCUGGCGAUUAUCAAUUCGGAUUCGGAGGAGAAGAUCCUUUUGCGUAUGCUGCAAGAGGAAAAAGUCAACGCAGCUUGGCUCGGGGUUCAUGAUUAUUUUGAAGAGGGCGACUGGGUUACCGUUAAAGACGAAGCAUUAGAAAAUACCGGGUAUAUGAAGUGGACUACAAAUCAACCCGAUAACUAUAUUAAUAAUCAAAAUUGCGCGACUCUCUGGCAAAUUGAGGAAGGUGGGAUGGACGACAACACUUGUAACCGACCGUUUCCCUUCUUCUGCGAGAUUCCUCUGUAAAAUUAUAUUGCGUUAGAGAGAUCUGCUAGCGUGACAGAUAAUCGCGCAUGUGUACAUUUAUAAUAGUACGUGUAAAUAAAUGAGCAACUCUCCAUUUACAUCCUGUUCCUGGAAUUUUGAAUCGAGGGGAUUGGAAAUUCUUAUAGAAAUUCAUUUUUACGGAUAUUGAUGUCGUUAAUAUCGAAGUGUUUGCGCGAUGUCGCAAAUUUGAUUUCCCCCUCGCUUCCGCAAAGCGCGCGAGGGUGGAUUAAAUUAAUCGCGACGCGACACCGAACCGCAAUUUCACUCAGUUCUCCGUUCUUCCCUACCGAUAUUAAGGGAUCCCAUUGAAAGAUCGACCUGCGUCUGGAGUGCAGUGAUAGCAUACAGUUAGAUUAGCGAGGGUGUACCUAUAGUUUGAAUUGCGCGAGUAAGACCGACGAAAAGUGUCGCGCUCGCGAUAUUGUACAGCCGUGAAUACUAUUCAGUUGAUUCGAAUAGCGAGUAAUCGAGUUUGCGAAUGACGGUGAUUGAGUUCUCUUCCGGUUUCAUUGCAUGGAUGAGAGAUCGCUGGGAACGAAGGAGCUCCAAUCGGGUGAUCGUAAAAUGAAGCUGCCUUUGUUGAAAUUUCGCUAUGAAUAUAUGAUAUACAUAUAUCUGCGAGAGAUAUAUGAAAGACUAAAAUAUUAAACUUCUUCAUUUAUAUAUAUAUAGUUUUGUGUGUGUGUGUGUAACAGUAUGUUAUAUCAUCCGUAUACCUUCAUCUCGUACAGAUGCUUUAUUCGGAGCAAACGUUACGGAAUAUUAUUGAAUUUUCCCUGUGUUUCUUAUCAUUCUGUCUUAUUUUCGUUUGCUGAGACAAUCCGCUUAUCCCCGAGAUGUAUUCCGUAAAGACUAGCUUCUUUCUUUUCACAAAAAAAAAACAA